AUGAAAUAUUUUUAUAUUUUCUCUGAUUCAUGCAAAAUCAAGUUUUAUUUUCCGUCUUCCAACAUUGCAGCCCCAAGGUGGCUGUUUGCCACCUUGGGGCUGCAAGCCAUCGCCUGUAGCCUCCUGAACUUUUCUCAUCCUCCAGACAUAUAUAUAUACGCUUGCGUAUUCGUAAUCGCAACUCUUCUCACUUGUCGCAUCCCUUUUCAGCUUGGAAUCAUGGUUGACGACUUCGCUGCACAGGAUGAAAACCUACGAUUGGCGGAACUGCGCUUCAAGGCAUCCCGAGGAGAUGCGGAGGCUGCUGCCGCUCUGAAGAAACAUCUUGUCGAACGCAAGGCAUUACCAUUCUACCAAAUCGUAGCGACAGAAUUGGAUUGGCCGAAAGAUGCCGCGCUGCAAGCAAGUCUUGAGGCCGACGUUACAAAAGAAUUGGAAGAAUUGGACGCAAAAGUGAAGGAUGCCGAGGAAAAUUCUGGUGAGUCUGAAGUACGGGAAGCCCUGCUCGCACGUGCCGAGUUUUUUGGAAGGAUAUUGGAUCGCCCUAAAGCGGAGGAAGCGUACGAGCGCACCUUCAAGGCAACCAUUGGAAUCGGUCAGAAAAUUGAUAUUGUCCUUGCCCUCAUUCGUCUCGGCCUCACCGUCAUGGACUUCAAGUUCAUCGCCACCAACAUUACCAGGGCAAAGGGUCUCGUUGAGAAAGGGGGCGAUUGGGAACGGCGAAACCGGCUGAAAGUGUACGAAGCCACGUAUUUAGUCUCGCGAAGGGAUAUCACCGGGGCUGCGACGCUGUUUUUGGACUCUUUGCAGACUUUCUCUGCGAUGGAGCUCUUCGAUUACAAGAAGUUUGUCUUCUACACGGUCAUCACGUCGCUGGUCUCUGUGGAUCGGCCGACGUUGAAGGCAAAGGUGGCAGAUGCGCCAGAAAUUCUCACAGUGGUCCUGGAGAACGAGAAGCUGAACAACUUUCUAUCCGCGCUGAUCGAGUGCGACUACAACAAGUACACGGCGACGCUUCCCGAUAUCCUUGACGUCAUCGGCGAAGAUCGGUUUAUAUCAGUGCACAAGAACUACAUCGGACGCGAGUUGCGCGUGGUGUCGUACUCGCAGUUCUUGGCGAGCUAUCAGUCGGUGACUCUCACGGCAAUGUGCAGGAAUUUUGGUGUGGGACCGGAAUUUAUGGAUGGUGAGUUGUCCCGCUUUAUCGCGGCGGGAAGGUUGAACUGUAAGAUCGAUAUGGUUGGGGGGGUCGUUGAAACGACGCGGCCCGAUGCGAAGAAUGCUCUGUAUCAGAACACCAUCAAGCAGGGUGACUUGCUUCUCAACCGAGUGCAGAAACUGUCGCGAGUGAUCGAUAUUUGAUAAACUGGGUAGGCUGUCGGGUCGGGCACCGAUGCAAUGUUGUGAGUUGUAUGUAUUACCUUGCGUUAAUUGCGUGACUUGGCUUGUCUGUGAGAGAUAUUACACGUUGAGCUUCAGA